AUGUACAAUAAGGCGUUUCAAAUAACCUCAACAACGGAGAGGAGAACUAAUGGCUCUCGUUCUCCCAUUGAACAUGACAAUAAUACAACAGACACUAAUGACUAUCAGAAACAUGCUCAAGAAUUUAGGAAUAUGAUUUUUCGGAAAGUUCAAAAGGAACAAACUGAUGUUAAUGGGCAAAUAAGAGAUUUGAAUGAACGAGUGAGGCUGUCAGAGGGAGUACAGGCGAUGGAAAUAGAGGAAAAACAGUCUUUUUGGGAUAUAGUCAAGGACUUUUAUAUUGAUGUGGAAAUCUUUCAAAUGGUGUUAUCAAUUUUGACUGCCAUUUUCUUUAUCAUUUCGACCUAUAUCCAAUUAGAUUUCGGAGAAAGAAUGACAGCCCUUAUUAUUCUGGACUUGAUGUUCUCGUUUAUUUUCUCAUUCUUCUUCUGGACCAAUUUUGUAAUGGCCAAAAACAAGAAAUUAUUCUUUUUUCUUCCCCUCUCGAUAUUGGACUAUAUCACAAUUAUUCCUGCACUCGUUAUUAAUUUAAUAGCCUUAAUCCCAGAUGGUUGGGAUAUUGUCAGUGAUGUUUACUCAAUUGUAUCCAUUCUUAGAGUGUUUAGAUUGUUGAGAAUCAUUCCUCACAUUAAGAAAAUUGCACAAGGUGGAGGAGUAAACUCAGUAUAUAUUAAAGUUGCCGAUUUGGGACUUACAGUUGCUUGCUUGAUGGUUAUAUUUACAGGAAUUUUUCAGUGGUUGGAAAAUUAUUUUAUGAAUAGAGGAAUUUACUUUCAUGACGCAUUCUAUUUUAUGGGAAUUACACUCUUCACUAUUGGAUAUGGUGAUAUUUCUCCUUCACAUUGGACAUCGAGGCUAACUGUUCUUGUAUUCUUCUUAAUUGGUGUAUCUCUCAUUCCCAUUCAAAUAUCCCAAAUUUACGAUAUUGUCACUUCUGACAGAACUCUUUUUAGAGUUAAAAACUCAACAAUUUCUAAACAUACCAUAAUAACAGGAAACUGUAGAUUGGAUGAAGUAAUUGACUUUAUUAAGGAAUGCUUUCAGUACAAGAAAAGAACUGGUAACAAGAUUGUUUUACUAUUUAAGGAUAAGAAAUUUUGUGAAGAUUUAGAGGAAAAUUUGAAAUCGUUCUCAUUUCUCAACAAACUACAUGUUCUACACGGAGAAAUAAUGGAUUUUGAAGUUAUGACCUUAUUGAGAGUUGGGGAGGCUAGCAGUGUGUUUCUAUUAAACAGUCCAAAAUCUGAUGACCCUAAACAACAAGACACUAACGUAAUUAUGACAACAAUCUCUUUAAGAAACUUCAAUCCAAGGCUUAAAGUGUAUGCCCAAAUUAAUUUAUUAGAAUCGAGAAGUUUGAUACAAAAAGCUGGUGCUAAGGUAGUUGUUUGUUACGAGUCUGUUUGCUCAAAGAUUAUGUCGGCGUGCUCAGCUUCUUCUGUUUUUGGACCAUUCUUGUAUAAUCUUCUAAGUGGAGCAGAUGUUAAGAUUGACUAUCGUAAAACUAAACAUUAUAGAUUUUCAAAGAAGAUAUCUCCAGAAGAGAAUGAUAUUGGAUGGAUUAUUGAAUAUGCUGAGGGGCUAUCAUGUGAAAUAUAUAAGGUUCACUUUAGCUCAGUGUUUUAUGGAUAUUUAUUCAUUGAUGUUGCUGAAUUAUUGAGAAGGUCUGCUGUUAUUAUUUUUGCUAUUGAAUCAAACGGUUUGAUUUUUAUCAACCCAGCAAAAUAUAAGAUUAGAGAAGGUGAUAAAUGCUUUUGCAUUGCUCCAAGUAUCAAGUAUGCAGAGAUUGUCGAAAAAUAUGUCAUCUCACAAAAGGAUUUGGAAAAUAUCAAAUCAAACAAGGUUGAGGUUGAAAGAAUAGAUUAUAGAUGGGGGUCAAAGCAAGAAAAUAACGAUAUUAUGGCUUUUGAAUCUCAUUUUGUUGAUUUCUUACGUCAAAAUGAAACCGUAGAGAAGGAGGAGCCAAAGAAAAAAGCAAGAAAACUCAAGCUCAAACCAAAACUUGAUAAUACCAAAAAACUCCUCAAAGCAAGAAGUGAUAGAGUGGUAGACAUCCACCUUUUACGGCCAAAAGAGGACGAUGAAAAAACUCAUUUAGAAAUCCUGUUGAAGCUAAUUGCUCCUGAGAAGUAUUUUAGAGAAAAGAGACACUACUUGGAAACUAUUAGGAAAUUAUAUACAGGCGAACAGCUUUCUGAGAGAGAAAAUAAUUUCUAUCAAACACUUUGUGAUAAUUAUAACGUUUUGGACAAUGACAGACCCCAAGAAGAGUUCUUUAUCAAUAGCUAUAAGGACAUUGAUUUAAAGGACCAUCUCAUUAUUUUAGGAGAUUUUAGACAACCUGAAAUAAUUUGUUCAAUGACAAGAUCAUUGCAAAGACAUUAUCGUUCAGUACCUAUUCUUUUCCUAAGUGAAGGCUCAGACGACCAGGUUGAAACAAUUUACAACAGAUUGAAAAAAUUCAAUUUGGUGUAUUUAAUAAGAGGAAGCUUAUUGAAUCAUUCAGAUUUAUCAAAAGCUGGAUUCGAGGUUUCCCAAUCAGUGCUAUAUUUCACAACUGAAGAAGUUGAUACCUCGACAAACUCAUACAAUGAGUACAAGGUUGACGCUGAUGCGAUCAAACUCUCACUCGAAUUUUCAGUUAUCAACAAGACUAAGAAUUAUGUUAUUGGUAUGUAUUUUGGAAUUAGCAAUGACAAUAACUCUAAAUAG